AUGGAAAUGCAAGAAAAGUUGAAAGAAGCUAAAAAAGUCUAUGAGCAGCUAAAGGCUGAAGAAGCUGAAAGACGCAAAAGAACAGGUCCAAGUGAGUACGAUGUAUUUGAUGCUUCGUUUAUGUCCCAGGAUAUAUCUUUGAGGAAGAUCCCUGAUAAUGUGUCACAGAUGGAGAUACCUAAGAAACUUUUGCCAACAGUUCAAGAGGCAGCAGAGGAUGAGUCGUGCGCCGAGUCGGCGACCAGUGAAUCUCGCAGCGGAACGGUUGAGCCUCCUCGUUCUAGUAGUCAAGAUAUCAUCGCGGCACGUACGGAAGCUAUCAAGAACUAUGUGGAACAACAGUCAGAGUCGGUAGCUAGCGGCUUGGCAGCGAACAUCGGAAGCAGCGAAUCGAGCGAAGUGAGCGGUGGAGAGCAUCUGUCAGCUUGUAAUAUGGAACCAAUUCUUCCUGGAAUGGAUAUUGAGGUUGAAAGCGUGGACAAUGAAGAACGUGAAAUGCAUGUGAGUACUGUGAAUAUGGAAGAAACAGUCGAUGAAGAUGAGGGAAUGGUACAAAAACAGGUGAACGUGCGUAUGUCAGGCUUAUCUUACAGA